AACUAAGAUAUCAUAGUGGUUAGUAAACAGAUAGCAGAAAACGUGUUAAUAAUUAUUUAAUAUUAUUUUAAGUUGUUUAAAAUAAUACUUGGUUAUUAUUUUAGUAUUUAGUAUUUUAUUAUUUUUGACAUAAUUAUUUGAUAAUAUCAAAUAGAUUUACCAUGGAGCCUUUAUCGAAAAUUUCUCUCAAUAAUCAGAUUGUUUCCAUGCGUCAUAUUGUCCGUAAAUCUAAAGUGCAUACAAUCCACAAAUUAACUCGGGAAGCAAAAAAGUUAAAAGAAAAAAAAGGGAGUGAAGAGCAAAUUGUAAAAAAUAAAAAAAAAGCUGAACGUUUUAUUAAUGAAUUGAUGGUGAUAAAGAAAUUAAAUGAUGACGAUGUUACAAAAUAUGCAUUACAAAAUGAAGUACCUUCUGCUACAAUAUUAAAUAGUAUAGACAUAACAUUGGAGACAAGGGCAUUAGCGAGGUUAGCUGGACAUAAAUUUAUAAUAGAUGAAAUUCAAAAUUUUAGAAAUAAAUACCCAGAUUGGAAACUGUAUAUAACAGAUUUAUUAAAUGAGUUGGGUGCUAAAUAUAAAGCCAAAAAAAAACCCAACAAAAAGAAAACAGUCCAGCUUAACAAUGUUAACACAGAAAUAAAAACUAAAAUUCUUGAUAAGAAUAAGAAAACAAUUAAAAACAUAAAAGAACUUAAAGAUAUUCAGUCUGAGCUUGAAAAUACUACAUCAGUAUCAGAAGAUACUCAGUCCGAAUCAGAAAGUGUUCAGUCCGAGCUUGAGAAUGCUAUGUCAGUAUCAGAAGAUAUUCAGUCCGAAUCGGAAAGUGUUCAAUCCAAGCUUGAAAAUGCUACAUCAAUAUCAGAAGAUAUUCAGUCAGAAUCGGAAGGUUUUCAAUCUGAGUCAGAAAAUGCUACAGUAAGUGAAAAUUCUCUAGUGCAGAAAAUCUUGCCUGAUGAAAAUAAUACAAAUGUUGUUCUAAAUAAUGUGUCUAAAUCUAAAAGUUCCAAGGUUUUAAUUUCUAAUAAUAAAAAAAUUGUCAGAGAUAAAAAAAAAUGCUUAAAGACAUUAGAAAAAGAAUUACAUAAUUCACAAGUCAAAAGUGAUUUAAACACUCAACUACCAAAGAAAAACUUACAUUUGUCUAGUGAAAUACUUGACAACACUGAUGUAAAUAUUAAUAAAAAUGUAUCAAAAAGAAAAGCUGAAGGCAAUGUUUUAAGUAAAACUAACUUUAAAAAACAAAGAACGACAGUAAAUGAAAUUAAACCAGUUUGUGAAACUGUAGAUUCAUUUUUCAUGACUGCUGACAAUAAAGAUUACAUGUCUGUUUACAAACCACCACCAGUAACUAAAAAAAAUGAUGAGGAAAGUUCAAAAGUAGAAUAUAAACAACCGAUUAAAGAAAUUUUUAGUAAAGGUAAAAGGGUGGUUAUUGGCAAACAAAAUAAUAUAGGCAACAGAAGGGAAAGAAGGCAGCAACAAGUUGAGGAAUCCAUUGAUACAGCAUUACAUCCAUCAUGGGAAGCAAAACGUAAACAAAAAUCAUUAGCCAAAUUUGAAGGAAAAAAAAUAACAUUUGAUGAUGAAGAUUAAUGUUUGUAAAAAAAAAAAAAUGUUUAAUUUCACAUAAAUAAUAAAAAAUAAAUACAAAAUACAAAAUACAAAAUAAAUAACCACACUGUUA